GUGUUCCAACCGAUCUGUCAAAGCUGCGCCCAUCACUAGCCCCAGAGCCACCUUUCAAAAAUUGACCACGACCACAAUUUGUUUUUGGCCGAAAAUUCCUUUAAUUUUCGAUCGAACUUUUCCAUCAAAAUGGUACUUUUAUCAAAUGAAGAGUUCCUCACGCAGCUCACCCUGUUAGCACAAUCAGCCCGGAAAGAUUCCUCAUUCACAGUCACAAUAAAACGAUACGAUGGACACGAUCGACCGAAACCCCGGGAAGGUAAACCACCGCUACCGACACCUGCCGAGUACAGCUGCCUGAUCCGGGCAAAGUCGCGCUCGAAGAAACUGGCCACCGUGGUCAAGCGGGACGAGGUGGCCAAGUUUAUGGAAUCUUACUCGAAGGUGUUAAAAUCCAGCAUGGACGGGUUGAAAAAGGUGAAGAAAGUGAAAAACAAAGCCAAGGCGGCCCAGGGAUAGUGCAGCAUCAUUCGUUCGGUUUCGGAGUGAAAAUCCGGGUGGGAAACACAAGCGUGUGUGAACGUUUUGUUUUUUUUUUUAAUGGUGUUCACUAGUUUAUCCAUGAACGGUGCAAUGUGGGAUAUGCAGCACGCAGGAAUCAUAAGUGCAUUUUCUUUAUUUCGUUUAAUUGAGCAUACUUCUAUCCAUCGAGCGUGGCGUGUGGGUCACAUAUGUGUGAGAGAAAAACACCGAAUCGUGUGUUUGCGCAGUGCCUGCCGGUCGAACAUACAGGUGGCCACGACACUGUAAUUUUGCUGUAGAAUUAAGCGUGUAAUGAAUUUAAUAUAAAAGGAGAAGAAGAUGAAUUUAAAAAUA